CAACUUGAACAUGUAGUCCAUUCUGGUGGAAAGACGAAGCUACAACGAAAACUACAGAUGGAUUUCCCUCAAGAGGUUGAGGAUGCUGUUGGUGGAAAUCAGACAGGCAGAGCAGCAUGUGCCGUGUCCAGCCACGAGUCCCUGAAGAAGGAGGAGCCCGUCACUGAUGGGCAUCAGGGGGUCAGCACAGGAAGAGCGCUGUCUUAUCCAAGACCACAGACACACAGACCAGUGUCUCCAGUGCCCAGCUGUGUGUCCAUGAAGAGUGACCAGUCUAUGGGGCACCCUUACAAUUUCAGCAGUGGACCACCACAGUCUGAUCCAAAACCACAGACACACAGACCAGUGUCUCCAGUGCCCAGCUGUGUGUCCAUGAAGAGUGACCGGUCCAUGGGACACCCUUACAAUUUCAGUAGUGGAACACCACAGUCCGAUCAAAAACCCCAGACACAAAGACCAGUGUCUCCAGUGCCCAGCUGUGUGUCCAUGAAGAGUGACCGGUCCAUGGGACACCCUUACAAUUUCAGUAGUGGACCACCACAGUCUGAUCAAAAACCCCAGACACAAAGACCAGUGUCUCCAGUGCCCAGCUGUGUGUCCAUGAAGAGUGACUGCUCCAUGGGACACCCUUACAAUUUCAGCAGUGGACCAUCACGGUCUGAUCAAAAACCCCAGACACAAAGACCAGUGUCUCCAGUGCCCAGCAGUGUGUCCAUGAAGAGUGACCGGUCUAUGGGACACCCUUACAAUUUCAGCAGUGGACCAUCACGGUCUGAUCAAAAGGACAUAUUGGCCCAGGAUCAGUCCAGGUGUGGAGUGUGUGAGCAGCUACUGAGAGACCCAGUCAUCACCAGCUGUGGACACAGUUUCUGCAGGCAGUGCAUCAGCAGCUACUGGAGCCAGUCUGGUCCAUCAGGAGACUACAGCUGCCCCCAGUGCAGAAAGAGAUCCAGAACACAACCCAUUACAAACCUUGACAUGAUUCAACCACUGUACCCAUCUGCAGACAUGGCACAAUCUUACCUGAACCCACCAACAGACAUGACACUGCCCUCGUCAUAUCAACACAGUGAAAUGGCACAACCACCUGUAUAUCCACCUACGUCCAUGGCACAGCCUCUCCUAAACCCACCAACAGCCAUGGCACAGCGUCACUUAUACCAGCCUAUAGCCAUGGCACAGCCUCACUUAUACCCAUCUGCAGCCAUGGCACAACCUCACCUAUACCCACCUACAACCAUGGAACCGCCUUCAUCAUACCAACACAGUGAAAUGGCACUUCAUCUGAACCCAUCUGCACACAUGGCACAAGUUCCUCCAUCCCCACACACAGACACGGGGCAGCGUCCUCAGUACUCAAACUCAGCCAUGGGGCAGCAUCAUUAUCCACACAUCCAGCACCCUCUUUAUCCACACAUCCACACGGCACAGAUCUCUCCACAGCCUCCCUUAGAUGAGCACGCAGGCAUGACAGGCAGCACCCAUCUGCAAACUGAGCAUGCUCCAGUCAAAAGGGCCAAACGAACAGAUGACGAUGUCCUCACCAGAGUACUGAUGACCCAUAAAGCCAUCAUGAAGAGGAGGUUUGAGAGCAUAUGUGAAGGCAUCAUAAGGUCAGGGACUCAAACACUCCUGAACAAGAUCUACACAGAGCUCUACAUCACAGAGGGAGAGAGUGAAGGGGUGAAUAAUGAGCAUGAAGUUUGGCAGGUAGAGUCAGCAUCCAGGCCACAAACUACAGAAGACACAGCAAUCAACUGUAAUGACAUCUUCAAGCCCUUGCCUGGACAGGAGAUACACAUCAGAACUGUCAUGACCAAGGGGAUUGCUGGCAUUGGAAAAACUGUCUCAGUGCAGAAGUUCAUCCUUGACUGGGCAGAGGAGAAGGCUAACCAGGAUGUAGAUUUCAUGUUUGUUCUUCCGUUCCGUGAGCUGAAUUUGGUCAAACAUGAUCAGUACAGUCUUCACAGGCUCCUGCUUGACUUCCACCCUGAGCUUAGAGAGCUACAGGAUAGUAAAUACAAAGACUGUCACAUUGUGUUCAUCUUUGAUGGUCUUGAUGAGAGUCGACUUCCACUGAAUUUCCAAAAGAAUCAGACGUUGUCUGAUGUGACACAAACAUCAUCAGUGGAUGUGCUGAUGACGAGCCUCAUUCACGGAACUCUGCUUUCCUCUGCUCUCAUCUGGAUAACCUCCCGACCUGCAGCAACCAGUCAGAUCCCUUCUCAGUGCAUCAGUCUGGUGACAGAAGUACGAGGGUUCAAUGACCCACAGAAGGAAGAGUACUUCAGGAAGAGGAUCAGUGACCAGAAUCAAGCCAACAGAAUCGUCUCACACAUUACAGCAACCAGGAGUCUCCACAUCAUGUGCCACAUGCCAGUGUUCUGUUGGAUCUCAGCCACUGUCCUUCAGCAGAUUCUGGAACAAGAUGAUGGGAAGGAAGUCCCCAAAACACUGACUGAAAUGUUCAUACACUUCCUGCUCAUCCAGACCACCAGGAAGAAUCAGAAGUAUCAAGAGGAAAGUCAGACAGAUAGACAGAGGCUCCUGGAGUCACAUCGGGGUGUCAUAUUGAAAUUAGCAGAGCUGGCUUUCAAGCAUCUGGAGAAUGGCAAUCUCAUGUUCUAUGAGGAAGACCUGAGAGAGUGUGGCAUUAAUGUCAGUGAAGCCUCAGUGUACUCUGGCAUGUGCACUGAGAUCUUCAGGGAAGAAUGUGUGUUUCACCACAAGAAAGUCUACUGCUUUGUGCAUCUGAGCAUCCAGGAGUUUCUGGCAGCCAUGUUUGUGUUUCACUCUUACAUGUUAGGAAAUCGGGAGGCACUGGAAUCCUUCCUCACUAAAAAACAGAGAGACAAUCAAGCUCCCAUUCCUUUGCAUAUUCUGUUGAAGAGUGCUGUGGACAAGUCUUUGGACAGCAAGAAUGGACACCUGGACCUUUUCCUUCGCUUCCUUGUUGGCAUUUCAGUGGAGACCAACCAGGUCCUCUUACAUGGCUUGUUGAUAGACACACACAGCAGCUCAGAGAGCAUCAAGAAAACAUGUAGCUAUAUCAAGAUUCUCAAGAGGAAGGACCUGUCUCCUGAAAGAUGCAUCAAUCUCUUCCACUGCUUAUUUGAAAUGAAAAAUCAUUCCCUACAUGAAGAUGUUCAGAAAUAUCUCAAAUCUCCAGAUGACUUCUCAGGUGUAUUGUCACCUGCCCACUGUUCAGCACUGGCCCACAUGCUUCUGAUGUCUGAGGAGGUGCUGGAUGUGUUUGACUUGAGCAAAUACAAAACAUCAGAUGAGGGACGGAGGAGACUGGUGCCAGCUGUGAGAUGCUGCAGGAAGGCUGUACUUGCUGACUGUGCGCUAACAGAGAAGUCCUAUGAGAUUGUGGCCUCAGCUCUGCAGUCUGCAAACUCCCCCUUAAGAGAGCUGGACCUGAGUCAGAAUGAUUUGCAGGCGUCAGGAGAAAAGCUGCUCUCUGCUCUACAGAGUCCAAACUGCAAACUGGAGACUCUUAGACUUGUUGGCUGUAAACUAAAAGGGGGAUUUUUGGCCUUGGCUCACAAGGGGGCAAACCCCCACCUAAGAGAGCUGGACAUCAACGACACUGAGCUUCAGGACUGUGGAGGAGAACUGCUCCAUCAACCACUGAAUCAAGACUGUAAAGUGAGACUUACCAGGUGUAAACUCAAACACAGCUCAUGUGAGGUUGUGGUCUCAGUUCUGCAGUCAUAUCAUUCUCAACUGAGUGAGUUGGACAUGAUUGGCUGUGAUCUGCAAACGUCAGAAGAGAAGCAGCUCUCUGGUCUUAGAAACCCAAACUGCCGACUGGAGAAACUGAGACUUCUUGGCUGUAAACUGAGAGUAAGAUUUUUGGCCUUGACUCUUCAGUGGGCAAACUCCCACCUAAGAGAGCUGGACAUCAGUGACAGUGAGCUUCAGGACUGUGGACGAGAACUGCUCCAUCAACCACUGAAUCACGACUGUAAAGUGAGACUGAUCAGCUGUAGGCUCAAAGGCAGCUCCUCUGAGGUUGUGGUCUCAGUACUGCAGUCAUGUAUUUCUCAACUGAGUGAGUUGGACAUGAGUGGCUGUGAAGUGCAAACAUCAGAAGAGAAGCUGCUCUCUGGUCUUAGAAACCCAAACUGCCGACUGGAGAAACUGAGGUCAGUGAUACUCUGAAAUAGGGCUGUCACAAUAUCAUAAUUUCAGAAGACAAUCAUGACACAAUGUCAUCACACAUUGCAUACUGUAAAAGGGCAUGGCAUGGUUGCACACACUACCAGUUUCAUGGACAAACGCUUACGUUACCUCCUGUAAGAGUAUAGCAGCUUAAUUAGCGAAAGCACGUGCAGGGAUGCCUUUGUUGAAUCUUUCUUUGACAGCUCAGAAAUAUCACUUUGCAGAGGUAGGUUUUGAAGCAUGGUUACUUUUUACAAGCACACUUUUAACAUGAUCUUCAAAUUCAAUGCGAUGGGCAUCAUGCGAAUGAGUGAUGGAAACUUUGGAAGUAGUUCGUAACACACCGUGUGACAAAAUGAAAGUUCACACUAAGCCUACAACUGCAUAACAUUUCCAGUAGGCCAGGUAGCACUUCAGCAAAAUCAUGUAAACUUGGCUGUUUCAAAGCCUUUUUCUUGUGGGCUAGUUAGUUCGGUAGAAUUGUGUAGACUAAUGCCAUUAGACACAAUCUCCUGAUGUUGCGUUUUGUUGUGCAGCCCAAAGAGUUCCCACACUGGAAAGUGCAUUUUCUCUCUGUGGAGCGAAGCAGGUAGAGACUAUCUCUCUAUGGCUCUGACUGGAGGAUAAAUGCUAUUCUAUCCACUGCAUUCUCCAUCAUGUCCGGCAUCUUUACAAGUUACAAGGUCAAAGGUUUGCCGUUGCUGUGACAUCAGGUUUGUGUGUGUGACUUUGAAGGCAGCAAGGGAGAAGGAGAGAGAAAUCACAAGAGAUAAACAAGCGCUAACAAGCCUGUUCAAUUAAAAAUGCAUGUGAAAUAGGUAGCCUUUAUACAAUAUUAUUGUGGGUACAUUAUUUCUACGAUAUUCAUAUUCAUGAUUACAAAACUGGUAUAUCCCGACACCCAUACACUGACCACUAGUAUGACAGGCAGAGUACACAGAGGUCUUAUCUAAAGUUUAUUUGUCAUUCCAGUCAUAUCUGUAGAACACCUAGUUGAGCGAAAUUGUGAAUCUCUGCAAAACUGUGAAACAGUUAUUGGUGUUAAAAUCAAAACAUUCAAUUUUGUGAAACAUUAUCUUUUCUUGUGUCAAUGGUGAUGUGAGAGAAUUAGUUCCAGACCAGUUGACUCCCUACUGAUGUGUCCCAUUUAAGUUACUGUAACUGUAGAUGUGUUAACCAUUCAAUAUCAACAUCAGAGUUUUUACUCUAGCAUUGAUAUGUCCUUUUAUUUCACUAUUUCUAUAUCUUCUGUUACAUGGUUUGUGUUUUUACAGAUUUGUUGGCUGUCAACUGAGAGGAAGAUUUUUGGCCUUGACUCUUCAGUGGGCAAACUCCCAACUAAGAGAGCUGGACAUCAGUGACAGUGAGCUUCAGGACUG